AUGGCGCCUCGCGGACGUGGAGGGAAGUUCAGCAAGCCGACGAGAGGAGGGGGCAAGCAUUUCAGUCGAGACCUGCAGCCGUUGGAUAAGAAUGGAGACCCGAUGGGAAUGUGGAGGGAUGAAAAGGAGAUAGAGUCUUCCGAAGAAGAGGAGGACGAGGAAGACGAGGAGGAGGAGUCAGAGGAGGACGAGGACGGCCCUGCUAAGGAAGAUAUGACCCGUGAACAGCGUAAAGCCGCUGCCAAAGCCAAAAAAGAAGCUGCUAUCCGUAAGAAACGACAAGUGGCAGCCGAGCCAGGAGAUCUCCCUCCCAGUGACAGCGAGGAAGAGGAAGACGAUGAAGAUAUGCCAGCCAACCCGAACCACACUGCCAAAGCCCGGAACCAGGCAGCCAGUUCGCCCGCCGCUCCUGUCGAUGGAGCUGCCCCGGCGGCCAAGAAAGGGGAUGUUUCACAGCUCUCCCGCCGCGAGCGUGAGGCGCUGCAGGCACAGCAGGCGCGCGAGAGAUACCUCAAGCUACACUCCGAAGGCAAGACGGACGAAGCCCGUGCCGACCUGGCCCGUCUGGCUAUCGUCCGGGAACGCCGUGAGGCCGAGAAGGCCCGUAAGGAGGCCGAGAAGGAGGAACGCGAGGAGCGUGAGCGUGAGAAGGCACAGGAACGAGAGGCCAGAGAGGAGAAGCUACGAGCAGCCGCCAUGGGACCAGCUGCUAGCAAGAAGAAGGGGAAAAGCAAAUAG